UCUUCUUCGCUUCGAAAUGAUUAAAAUGUCAUUUUGAAACAGACAGCUUCUUGUUUUAUUAUACGUUCAAAACAUUGAAUACGCGUGGAUAUUUUUCGACUUGAAAUUUUGUCCACGAUGAAUAAAGUUGGACUAAGUUUACUGCAGAAAUGCAUGAGUUUAAGAAUUCUAAGCCCUUAUCAUGCUAUGGAAAGAAAUUAUAGUUUUAAAAGUGACCUUUCUUUGGACAGAAUCUAUCCCUCAAGCAACUUACGAUUAUACACCGUAAAUCCACCGCCAUCAGUCGACAAUAAGUUCAACGGUUUCAUUCCACUUGAUAAAUUGGACAUCACAUAUAGUCGAAGUAGUGGCCCUGGUGGUCAGAAUGUCAACACCACCAACUCCAAAGUUGACGUACGGUUUCAUUUGGAAAGCGCUGCCUGGCUUUCCGAAGGUACCAGAAAGCGACUGGCCGAACAACACAAGUCUCGUAUAAACAAAGAUGGGUAUUUGGUUAUAAAAAGUGAAUUGACUCGAUCCCAGCAAAUGAACAUGGCCGAUAUUCUGGAGAAAUUACGAACAUACAUUCGUGAAGCGAAAAAGCCUCAAUCUGCGGAAUUGUCUCCAGAAACAGAGGAAAAACUAAGACGUAGACACGAGAAAGCGACCAGGGAGCGUUUAGCGAUUAAGCGAAAUCGAUCGCAAACGAAAGCAGAUCGCCAGGCACCAGUUAUGUAGUAAAAAACAAAAAUUAGACCGUUAUCAAUAUUCUGUUAGAAUAAAUAGCAAAUAAACGUAAUACUUUGGCACAA